UGGAGUACUGCUACUAUUAUACUCUCCUUUCUCCCCUAGUCAGAAACUCUCACCCCAACCCCAAACUCACUCCCCAAACAAUAAAGAAAGAGGACUUCUCUUUUUCCACCUUUAAUUCAAAAGCCCUCCCCAUUUUUCUAUUCACUUCUUUGUCCUUUUCCCACCUCUUUCACACCUCUUCCACUUCCCACUCCCAUUUCCCCAUCUGGGUUUUUCCUUUUUUUUUUCUUCUGCUCUCUUUUGAUGAACCUAACGUCGGUUUUUAGGGCUUCAGCAUUGGUUUGUUCUCCAUUGUAGUCUGGGUUUGACUGUUUUUGUUUUUGUUUCUUUUUUCAUUAUAAGCUGUUACACAUUUAGAGCAAAACCCUUGUUAAACCCUAGUUUUUGGAAAUUUCUAUUAGGUGUGUUUUCUGGCUGUCUCUGGUUCUCCUGCGGUUUGGGGUUUGAGAUAGAGGGGUCUCAAGCUGGAGUAUUUUCUUUGUUUAACAUUUAAGGAAAAGGUAUUCUGAAACCCUAGUUUGGAAUUUCUCUUUGUGUUUUUGCCUUAGGGUGGUUUAUGGAUUCAUUGGUUCUUUUGUAGAUUUAGGGUUAGAGAGGCUUUGAGAAUAAGGGUAUUUUUUUUCUUUUCUUUUUUUGGGAGUGGCUAUUUUUACUUAGUAAAUGCAUGGAUGGAAGAGAAGCCAUGGCCUUAUCUGGGUCACCACCAUAUUAUAUACAUAGAGGGGUUGUUGGGUCUGCUUCAUUGUCUGGGUCUGGUAUACACUCCGGGGGGUUACAUGCACCGCCUGGGUUCAGGCCCUUAUCAAACCCUGGGAUUCCAGUUCAAUCGAAUGUUAGAAACAAUUCCGUUGGACAGACAUUUUCAGUAGAUCAUUCACAGACCAAUUUUCCUCAUGGGUUUAACAUGGCUGUGCCCUCUGGAGUACCACCGGCUGAGCCCGUAAAGAGGAAAAGAGGGAGACCCCGGAAAUAUGGUCCCGAUGGGAAUGUGUCUUUGGGACUGUCUCCCAUGUCUGCUCGUCCUUCACUUGGAUCUGGGUCGGUUACCCCGACCCAGAAACGGGGUAGGGGUCGGCCACCUGGUACUGGAAGGAAGCAACAAUUGGCUACUCUUGGUGAAUGGAUGAACAGUUCUGCUGGACUAGCUUUUGCACCACAUGUCAUCAGCAUGGCGGUUGGAGAGGACAUUGCAACAAGAAUAUUAUCAUUUUCACAACAAAGGCCAAGGGCUCUGUGCAUUUUGUCAGCCAGUGGUACGGUCUCUGCAGUAACUUUACGUCAGCCUACAUCUUCCAGUGGCACUGUUACAUAUGAGGGCCGUUUCGAGAUUUUAUGUUUAUCAGGUUCGUAUUUGCCUGCUGAAACUGGUGGCCCCCGCAACCGAAUCGGUGGUAUAAGUGUUUCCCUUUGUAGUUCUGAUGGUCAUGUAAUUGGGGGUGGAGUUGGAGGGAUGCUUAUAGCUGCAAGUCCAGUUCAGGUGGUAGCGUGUAGCUUUGUUUAUGGCGGUUCUAAGACAAAGAACAAAAAUGGGGAUGAGCCUAAAGGUGAUCAAAACUCUGGGCUUCAGCCAAGCGAGUCGGCUGCUCCAUCAAGUGUUCCUCUUGGUCAACAUUUCGCACCUAUUUCAGCAAUGGGCAUGUGGCCCAGUUCACGACAGGUAGACCUGAGGAACCCCCACACUGAUAUUGACUUGACACGUGGAUGACAAUUUGAUGGCAUUUAGACACGGCACUUCUGUAUAUACGUGUUGUAUAUCAAUCAAUGCUGUAACUCUGAACCCUACUUGUUUGCCCACUGGUAGAUAAAAGAGUUUGUGCCAACAUAUUUUGUAACAGAGGUUAUCAUUUUUAGGUUCUGGGGUAACAAUGGUAACUAUAUAGAAAAUUUUCUGGUAGUUGGGAGGACAAGGUACCAUAGUUAAUUUUAUGUUCAAUUUGAACUUAAUUUCAAAAUGAAAUGAUUGGGGGUGCUUGACUUUAGGUUUUGAGAUUCUGUUGUAACCCUAGUCUCUGGAAAUUCUCAUUGCAGUUGAAUGUGAUUUCCCUAUAUUUCCUCUUGAAUAAUCGCUUAUAUCAUUCCUUUGAA